AUGGAGCUCCCUCAGAUUCCGACAGUCAUCGAACAAUACCUGUUCGAGAUCGAAAAGUGCAAGGACCACGAGGAGAUCCAGUCCGCCACGAGACCCUACGUUGUCUACGAGAACAAGCUUCGCGAGAUCUUUGCUCAGCAACCUGAUCAUCCGGCUGUGGCAAAGUCUCACCUUGUAGGACUGUUCCACAAGGACAACCCGACACCAAAAGCUCAGCCUCGCCUACCGGACAAGCAGAGUGAUGAGAUUCGAGACAAAUACCUCUUGCCGAUCCCGAACACCGACCGCAAACACCCUGGCGAUGCCGCUGUCGUUCAAAGCAUUGCUCAAUUUAAGACCAAUUUCAAUGUUUUCAGCGAGUCAUCCCUUAUCGAUCUCGAUUGGAGCAAUGUCGUGGCUGCAGGCAGUAGCGUCGUGACCGCUUUGCUGCCAGUGCCUUUACCUCACAAUGAGUCGAAACGCACCCAGCGUGCAUACUAUCACCAGACCCUGGCUCCUGCCUCGGAUGUCGAUCUGUUCAUAUACGGUCUCAAUGAAGAGGAAGCAGUGGAGAAGAUCAAGUCCAUCGAGCGGGCUGUCCGAGACAGCAUCCUGAGCGAAACGACCACGAUUCGCACCAAGAAUGCCAUCACCAUUGCAUCCGAAUAUCCGACUCGUCACGUUCAGAUCGUCCUUCGACUCUACAAAAGCGUUACAGAAAUCUUGACAGGCUUCGAUGUUGACUGCUCGGCGGUGGCAUACGACGGCACUCAAGUCUGGUGUUCGCCUCGUGCAUUGGCUGCUUUCAAGACCCAAAUCAACACGGUCGAUCUCACUAGACGCUCUCCAUCUUACGAGAAUCGUCUCUCAAAGUAUUCACACCGCGGCUUCGAAGUCUAUUGGCCAUCUCUCGAUCGUUCCAGGGUUGACCCCACAAUCUACGAACGCUCCUUCUCUCGCGUCCUUGGUCUAGCCAGACUGCUGGUUCUCGAGAAGCUGCCACAUCCAAACGAUCGCGACACAUAUCUUACUCAGCGACGCGCAGAGCGUGGUCGUCCGCCUCUUCCGUGGAAUCAUCGAUUUCGCCACGCCCUUGCUGGCAACGUGAAGGACUCCCAGCCAGAUGAUGUGGCAGAGUGGGUCGAGGGUGAUGAGGUUUCCAACUAUCACAGCUUCACGAUUCCUUACGGGCCUAAAUACUCCGCUAAGCGGAUUGAGAAGCUAUUGUUCACCAAAGACCUCUUGCUCAAUGCGGCGGAAUGGAACCGGCCGAAGAAGCGUGAGACUACUUUGCACCGCCAUCCUGCCUUCUUCGGAUCGGUCGAUGAGGUGAUUCACGACUGCUGUGGUUACUGCCCCAAGCCAGAGACAGAUGAAGACUUCGCUGCAUACGAGGAAGAAAGCAAGACUUUCAUCUCUGGGAACAUGACAUUUCUCAAGGAUGACCCAGGACGUCAGGCUGUCGGUAGUUUCCAUCCAUUGACUGACGAAGACUGGACGGAGCAGGCAUACGUAGGUAACACUACGGUCCUUUGUCAAGCUAUCGUCGACCACGAUCUAGAAACCGUCGAAGACUGGUUCUCCAGCAUUCGAAAUGAUGGCGAGAUCGCAGAUCCAAAUCGCCGAGAUCAUGCUGGACGGACUCCUCUGCUCCUGGCGACAAUGUGCUCUACGCCGGAGAUUGUGCGUUAUUUGAUUGAUCAUGGCAGUCGAAUGGUCUCACGGCUGUAUAAUGGACUGACAGCUCUUCACGUCGCCGCUUACCGAGGCGAAGUCGAGAUGGUGAAAGCGCUGCUCGACCGCAGUGCAGACAACGAGGAAGAAGAAGCUCGCAAGGCGGACUCCCGGAAGGAAGCCAGACGCGCUGCUGCCAGAAGCUCGGAUCAACAGGACACGGCUAUGACAUCUGACGAUGCUGACUGGGAGUCCGAAGACGACAGUGGUGAUGACGAUGUCGAUGUUAUUACGGAGGGUUCCUUUGUCAAAGUUUCAGACAAUGUCGACCAUGCAGACGAUAGCGAGACGGAUCCUGAUGUGUUUGAUGUGGACGUUCUGGCCUGGGACCAGCCACUGAGUCCACUGCAUCUUGCUAUCAUCAACGGCAGCACUGAGGUAGUGGAGCUUCUCAUCAAGACCUACGGCGCCGAUGUGUUGCUGCCGUUCACCGUCAAGACAUAUUGGGGGCAGUCAAACACUAUCUUCACGCUAGUCCUUGCUCUACAACAACCCCUUCAGCAGGCUAAGCAGAUGCUAGCUACUCUGAUGUCAAAUGGCGCCAUCACGACUCAGGCCGACAGCUCUGGCCAAUCUGCAUUGCAGUUCGCAAUCGCUGAUACCAAGUCUCAAAUUGUCGAGUUCCUAAUGAAUCAGACUGCUCCCCAGAGCCUUCCCAGAGCCAUCAACAAGGUGACCAUGACCGACUCCUCCUGGACGCGAGAUGUUUCAACUCCCCUUCUGGUCGCUGUACGAACACGCUCGCCGGAGAUUGUGGCAGGAGUGCUCACGCAUGGUGCUUCUCCAUCUAUCACGUACGAGAUGUUUGCUCCGGCUUACAUUGAGAAGCUCGGGCGUACACAAGAGGUCGACCAGACAAAGAAGGACUAUGCAAUGUCAUGCGAGCAGCCAAUCACCAUCGCUGUUUACGCCGAAGUUCCCCAGAUCGUUCAGCAAUUGAUUGACGCGGGCGCAGACGUCAAUACCCUUACUACAAAAGCACAGAAGUAUCUUCUCGCCAACGAUCAGUGGUCCUACGAACAUCCUCAGAGCCUCCUCGACGUGAUUGAUGAGAAGCUCCACCAUCUUUCGCAGUAUCUUGAAUCAGGCGCCAGAGACUCAGGGAAUCUGCCACCAGCACCACCAAAGCUCGACGAAGACCAAAAAUAUCUGGAAGCAUUCGCGGUCGAUUCGUAUCAAGCGGCCACGGCGGCUUACAAUCUACACGCAGCCAAGCGCGUUAUUCGCUUCAUGAAUAGACAACACGCCGAAGAAGUCAAAAAUCCAACAGAGCCCGCCUCAAAUCCAAACGGCGAGAACAAGAGAGCUGCCAUUCUGGCCAUGGUGGAACGCUUUAAGGUUCUGCGUGUGAACAUGGUGAAGAGAGGCGCAAAGACGUUCCGCGACUUACAUCCAGACGCUCCGGACGAGAAGGAUCGGCCGCAUUAUGGCUAUCACCGAGCCGAGACGAAGCAAGCAAACACACCAUACGAGACACAAUUCAAGUUCGAGUAUCUACAUCAAGAUACCGAGCGGGACAGACUGGUCUCGCUGUUUGAGGCUGCGUGGAGUGGAGACCGACAGCAGCUCAAGCGCUUGACUACUGGCGAGAAAGCACUGCCUGUGACCAUCAAAGAUAUGAAUGGCUGGGGUCCGCUAUCAAUAAGCGUAGCUCGGGGUCACCUUGAACAGGCGGACUUAUUACUAGAAAUCUGUGCUGCGCAGUAUUAUCCGGAGGAGGAGACUCGACAGCGAAUGCGGCUUCGUGGUGAUGAAGGCGAGAUCAGCGACUAUGAUGAGGACGAUUGCGAGGACGAUAUGAUUGCUACCGACGAUGACAGUGAUACCCAAUUCCACGAUGUCGGACAACACGCAAAUGCUGUCAAGUCCAAGGUAUCGCCUCUGGACCAAGCAGAGAAGAUGAUGGAACUCACUCGCGGUGGUAAGAACUACUCCGGCGUACGCAUCAGCGACAAGUAUUCAUGGGCUUGGUUCCAGGCCGCUUUGCUGGAAGAACACAAGUGGGGUCGCUCACUUGAACGACUCGCCGUCGUGAAGAACGAUAUGAAGAUGCUCAUCUUCGUUCUUGAUGCUGGACAGAAGUAUUCGGACUUUCAGGUCCAGAGAAUGGACGAAGAUCAGCCCAGAAUCUUCCGCUUCGACUCAGCUGUAUUCGAUCUUGCGCUGAGGUCGGGCCGAAUCGAAAUGGUCAGCGAAAUCAUCCGCCGAACCGGUCAUGCGUUCCCACUGCAGAAGCUUGCCAAGCGUACUGGAAUCAAACUCGAUCAGAAGCCAAGAUACUACCAGGGGCUUUCAGUUCGCGGUUCCAAGCGAGAAGAUUGGGCAGCCCAGGGCCGUGGAGAACAUGGUACCAGCUUGGGCGAGGACGAUCUCUCUAUCUUGCUGCGAGCGGUACUUUCUGGUAAUGUGGAGAGUGCUGAGUACUUCACGUCCGACAGUCCUUUGGAACGCUAUGGAGAAUUCGCCGAGAACUUCAAGGAUGACAAGCGUCUCCAAGUACUUGCCAAGGCGAAAGGCGGCGUUGGAAAAGCUUUGUCGACCUGGUAUGGCACGCGAUCCGAUCUCUUGGUUCACAUCGCGGUAAUGAGUGGACCUGUCCGGGACGGCACACAGCCUGUCCUUAAGUAUGCCCUGAAGACCGCACCUCAACUCCUCGACAACAAGAGCGCGUCAGGAGAUACGCCUCUGCUGCUAGCUGUACAGCUGCAGAGAGUAGAGGCCACGAAGAUGCUAUUGGCAGCGGGAGCGGAUCAGACGGCGCGCAACGCCAAAGGGGAGAAUGCCAUGCACAUUGCCCUCUCUACCUGGAACCCGAGUCCCAUACUCGAGCUAUUUGACCCAAAGCUCAUUCGUGGCAUGCUGAUGGAAAGAGCGGCAUCGAGCGAGGCCUCAAUGACUCCGCUAGCUCGAGCUGUGUCUGACACGGAUUACGAGGUUUUCGUCUACAAGUGCGAGCUCGCAUUCUCCUACAGCAAAGGAGAAGACUUAAUGGUCCCCAACGGCGCAGGCGACUAUCUCAUCCAUGACCUGGUGCGUGCUGGCAAGGAGACACAUGUGAAGUAUCUCAUCGACUACCGGCCCGAUCUGUUGUACAUCGAGAACGCCACCGGGAUGCUGCCAAUCGACAUAGCUGUCACGCGGUAUCUUCGCCAUGUCACCGAAUGCCCUCCGAAGGCCUCCCCAGAUUGGGGCUGGCCGGGUCAAGGCAACGAUCACGCCAACGAUAUACUCCGUCGUUCAGACGUCGCAUUCGAGGACAAGGCGGCAAAGACCGACCCGACAACCGUCGCGCAACGUGUCAUCGACGAACUUCUCGACCUUGACGCCGCUGACCAGGAUCGUCCCGGACCUUGGCGUAUGCAGCGUCUUCUUCUCAAGCUCGCGAAAAAGUAUCCCGGCAAGCGCAAGCUGGUGAGCGUGUUCGAUGCCAACGAGGUGGCGAAACGUCUUGCCGCGAAACAACAGGAGAAGAAUGCGGAGGCCCGGCGCCAGGAGCGAUUUGGAUUGCAUGCCAAGGGUGCGUGGAGACGGGAGAUGUACGAUGGCGGACCGGCAUCAGAUAAUGGUGACGAACGCAAAGAUGAGGUGGAUAUGUGGAUGCGAGAUGCAACGGAGAAGCGAAAGUAUGACUGGGAGAAACUGCUGGCGGAGAUGCAUCGCUCGGAAGAGGGUAAGGUGGCAGCAGACAAUGCUGAGGCCAUGGAAGUUGACUAA